AUGUCUGUUCGUCAAAGCAUAGAUAGUUUAUCCCUAUUAUGUUUGAUAUGUCAGGAGAAUAUAUCUGAUAAGGAUGACGUUUUGCGGACAGCAUGUGCGCACCUGUUUCAUCGCAACUGUCUGUUAAAUUGGCUAAAGAGGAAUACCUCAUGCCCUCAAUGCAGAGCGACAUGUAGUAGUAAAGAGUUGACUCAUAAGACUAGCGGGGUUAAAACUAGAUCUCAAACAGCCUUAGCGACUGACGAAAGUGAAUCUUCUACUUCGCAGGCUGCGCGUAGUAAUAUUAACAAUCCACCAAUGCAAGAAGUUCCAAAUAAUAUGGCGAACCUAAGCAAUGCUCAGUCCACACCUCAGAACCAUAAUGAGGAGGGGCGUAUACGUAAUAUUGUUUCAGCAAUCAUAUCAGCUAGACAAGCUACCAUGUUUGAAAGCUUGGAAAAUCGUUCUAUCCAAAUAGUUGAUCAAAGGCUGGAAAAUUCUAUGUUAAAUGCACUAAGUAGACUUAACAUAAACCCGGCUCAGGCACAAGAAAGUGUCAAUCGAAAUGAUACUUGCCAUAAUCAUAAUAAUCGAACACAACCAAUUAGUAACGCGCCAAUAGGUUCAGAAAGUUUAAAUCCCAACGCACAAUUUCAGAGACAGCUCGAUAAUAUCAGAUUUAGUGAUAUUAUUCCGACUUCCCACUCGAAUAAAUUCGCGCACUUGAUUGCAAGUUGGGAUAGCAAAUUUGAUGCCACCCCUCGUCGGUUGACAAUUUUAUAUAUCGAAUAG